AUGUCAAAAAUAAACCUUCAAAAGCUGAUUGCCGUUUUGAAAGAAAAUGGAUGUACUCCUUGUCAGUGGAAAAAUGUAAAAUCUGGUGAUGAUAUCAUAUUUGAAUCUUGCAAAGCAUGUUUUAGCCAGAAUACAUGUUUGAAAAAUCGAUUAAGGAUUAGACGAAUACUAGUAGACAGGAGGAAUGAUAUAUUGAAAUUAUACAAUCAGUUUGAACCAGAAAAAAAAAAUUUCACUAACAAAGUGAGGGCAGUACUGAAUGAGCUACCAUUUGAAGUGAAGCGCAUAGAUUCUGAAAUUGUAAUUGAAAUUUGCAAGAGGUUAGGACUAGUAUGGAAUGCCGAUAAAUGGAAAGUACAAGCAUUAAAAAAUCAUUAUAAAGUAACUUCAGCUUUACGUCGUAUUUUUAAACAGGACAGUAAAAAGGUAAAAACACCAGUUGAAAAGGUAAUGUUAUAUGAAAAUAUUGGGCAGGUGUCUGUUGGUGAUGAUUUUUUGUCAAGUUCUAGGUUAAUGGAGACAAGUAUUACAGUAAAGGAGAUGACUGAUCAUGGAUCUUUAUUGUUGAAACCAAAUCUCGAGGAGUCGAUUGUUGAUGAAUUUAUCACUCCUACAAAACGAAAUGAAGUUAUUGAUAUUGUGGAAUGUGUUAAUGAUCAACUAUUAACACACAAUUGCAACAGCGAUAUUAAGGGAAAAAUAUCGCAGGUGGAAAAUUUAAUUACAGAUGAAAAAACUCCUAAGAAAAAGGUAAUGUGUGGUUCCAAUGCAGAACAGUUAUCUGUUGUUGAUGAAACUUUAUACAAUUUUAGGUUGAUACAGAGAAAUGAGGAUAUUAUGGAAGUUGCAUCUAUCUAUUCGUCCAGUGUAGAGAAUAUGUUGGACACUUCUAAUGAUACUGUAUUGUUGGAACAAAGUCCUAAAGAGUCAAAUUUUUUGUUUGUGACUCCUACUCAAAGAAAUGUUGCAGGAACUCCUAGAAGAAAAUUAUUCCAUGAUAAUAUAACUGGAACUUCAUUGUUUGAAUGUAAUAGUUCAAUUGAUUUACUCAGAAACACUGGUAAAACGAGAGACAAAUUUAUUAGUCCGAUAAAGAGUCCGUUAAAACGUUUAAAUGAUAGACAUUUUAAUAAAAGCCCUGGGGAGCUUUUACCACGAGGUUCUAAGAAUGUGUCUCCUCUAAACAUUAAAGGAGAAUAUUAUGAAUGUAACUUCAAAGAAGGGGACUUUAUAAUUCCAAAAGAUGAAUGGAAUCAUAUAUUUGAAGACGGAAAACUAAAUAUAAAAAGGUAUCCUGGUGUUAUCAGGAAACAUCUUCAAGAAGUGAAUAACACUUGUAUAUUGUAUAUUAAAAAGCUAGAAUACAUUAAGACUGAAAAAUCAAUGAAGCUGAAGAUGUAUUGUAAACAUAGUGACUGUAAGAAGUUCAAACUACACAUUUUGCCUACUGGUGAAGAAGCAGUUGUUGAAGUUUACAGUACGAGUAAAAACUUUAAUCAUAAACCAGAUGCUCGAUACACUUCUCAAAUUAGGGGAGCUGAGCGAAAAAUUAUUGCUGAAAAAAUUAAAGAGAAAAGUGCUUUUAAGUAUAGACAGGAAUGUGUAUUAUCAGUUUCACCUAUUAAAUUAAUGGAAUGUGGAAAUUUGCAAACAAUUAAAUCUCCUUCGAUGUUAAGGAAACUGAAUAGUGAACAACAGUUGAAAGGGGAUUUCAACCGAAAUGAUCACUUUGAUGUAGUCUUAAUGGCCAAAGAACAUCCCUGGUUGAAUAUGAAAGUUCCCGAAAGUAUAGAAGAGCCAUUCAAUGUAACAUGGGCAAGCCAACAGCAGUUGGCAAUAGUUCAAAAUGUAUUUAAACAAGGUGUGUUAACAACUAUUCAUGUGGAUUCAACAGGAUCAGUUGUUAGGCCCCCUCAGAGCUCAACAAAACAAACUAUUUAUUAUUAUGCUUGUGUAGUGCGUAUAGGUAAAAUUGAAACCGUAUGCCCAAUAACUGAUAUGGUCAGUGCAACACAUGAUAGAGAAACUGUAACAAAAUGGUUGAAAUGUUUCAAAGAUCUAGUAAUUGCAAAAGAUCCAAGUAUCUGGCCGCCUUUCAAAAAUGUUGUAACUGAUUUCAGUUGGGCUUUUAUGCAUGGUAUUUCUAAAGCAUGGAAUAGUAAGGAAACAAUAUUUGAAUAUCUGGAUAUGUGUCAUAGAAUAUUAACUGGAAGAGAAACAUUGUCUUCUAGCACAGUAGUUAUUACUUCUUGUACAAACCAUUAUGUUAAAAAUAUUCUGAACCAUAUAAAACGGUAUUAUCCAGAUGAUGAAAAAACAGUGUUUUACAUAGCUAGAUGUGUUGGAUUAGUGUUUGAAAUGAACAGUUAUGAAGAAAUCAAACAUUGGUUUGAAUUGCUAUCGACUAUGAUCUUGUCAGACAAGUCAACAGAAAUGUGUAAAGCAGCAAGUAUGGAAAUGAAAUCAUACCUAAAAACAAACCAUGGAUUAUUUGAGUAUGAAAUUGAAAAGUUUGAUGACGAUCAAAAUUACUCUUGUGGUAAAAUCGCUGAUACCUUGUAUUAUGCCGAACGAAAGAAAUCUGCAUUUUAUCAUGAUUUUAAACAGAUAUUUGACAGUGUGAAAAAAAUAGUAAGUAUUUCCUCACAGAAUCAUAAUCACCUAGAUGUUAAUAGUAUGUAUUCAGAAGAGUACUUGUUACAUUUCCUUAUUGAAAAUGUGCCAUACAUACCUCUGUGGACAAAAGUUAUGACUACUCUUGUUCAUCUGGAAGAACGCCAGAGUAAUGCAUCAGUAGAAAGUUGGUUUAAUUUAGUGAAAAAUCAUAUUUUAGCAGGCAAAAGAAGAAUGAAAUGUGGUAGGUUCAUUGAAAAUAUAACCCAAUAUGAAGCUCAAUGCUUUAGACAGGUUGAAUUACAAAUACCUAGACGUAUAUGUGCCAUAAAAAAAAAAGCUGAUUGUGACGAGGACAACCUGCAUUUAAAUACUCCAGAAACUUGGAGGAAGAAAGGAAAACGUCCAGCAUUCUUGAGAAACAAUAAUAAAAUUUUAGGCAAAAGUUAUGGUGAAAACCAACAAAAUUGUUUGUCAUUAAAUAUACAGUGCCAACAGGGUGCUCUAUUCAAUUUAAAUAUGAGUUUUUGGCGAGAAGCUUCUAGUGUGAUACUACUAACAAAGUCUUCCAAUGUGAAGAUUGUCAGUCGAGAUCCGUUCAAAAUACUAUGCAUUAAAAGAAGUGAAAUCAAUUCUUACUUACCUAAUUAUACGGUCUUUCCAGGAGGAACUACAGAGAAAUCCGAUUCAUCUCCUGAAUGGACAGACAUUAUUCCAAAUUGCAUAAAUUCUAAUUUAAAUUUGAAUAUAAUUGGCUACAACGGUAGAUCAGCUAUUAAAUUUGUAUCUGAUAAUGAGCAAGGUUCUAUUCCAAAAUGCCUAUCACUAAGAGUAACUGCUAUCAGAGAAACAUUUGAAGAAAGUGGUAUACUGUUGUGUAAAAAAGUGAACUGCGACCAACCUGAAAAUUGUGCAACUGUCAAUCAUUUAGAAAUUGAUAGCAUUGACAGAUGGAGAAAAUUAGUUCAAAAAAAUGCAUCAAACUUUAUCAAUUUAUGUAGUGAAAAUAAUUGUUAUCCAGAUGUUGGUGCCUUGCAUUUGUGGAGUAACUGGUUAACGCCUCCACUGUUAAAGACAAAAUUUGAUACAAAAUUUUUUCUUGCUUUUAUUGAAUCUUCAGUUAAUGCAAGUCCUGAUGGUGUUGAAACAUCUCAAAUGACAUGGAAUACACCAGAUGAAAUGUUAUCACGAUUUGUUAACGGCGAUGAAAAACUUGUUACUCCUCAAUAUUAUGAACUAUUAAGAUUAAGACAGUUUACAUCAUUUACAAAAUUAACAAAUUUUGCUUGCACAAGAAGUAUUGAAGGAUGUGAACAAAUAUUACCAAUGGUUAUUGCGACUAAAGAUGGAUACCUAACAUUACUCCCAGGGCACCGAGAGAACACUUCUGGGCCUCGACCAAAACUCGUCCGUUCUCGAGCAUUCCCACCACAUAAACCGCCCGAACGCUGGCCACCCCCCCCCCCACGUUGCUGCAAUGACAAGGUAGUAGAGUGGAAGAAAUUUGGGUACAAAACUGCAGAGCUCAACCAUUUGGAUGCUCGAAGGAGUAGCGUUCUAUCGGUGGCCUUAGUACAGUAA